GGUGGAGGUUCAGGAGAACUGCGUCCGCUGGAGGAAGAGGUUCACCUUCGUGUCCAAGAUGAGCGCCAACCCUCACACGGGAGUCCUGGAUCCGUCCGUCUGCAGGCUGUCAGUCAGGAAGGAACUCAAAGGAGGAAAAGCAUAUUCGAAGCUGGGCUUCACAGACCUCAACAUGGCCGAGUUUGCGGGUUCGGGCUCCACCGUGCGCUGCUGUCUGCUGGAGGGAUACGACACCAAGAACACACGGCAGGACAACUCCAUACUCAAGGUGAUCAUCGGGAUGACCCUGCUGUCUGGAGAUCCGUGUUUUAAAACGCCUCCCAGCACAGCGAAGUCCAUCUCCAUCCCGGGCCGGGAACACACCCUGCAGCUGGACUGUAAGGGGGAGGGGACGGCCGAGCACAUCCUGGCUGGAGGGGUCUCUCUGGGCCGGGCCUCCAAACCGAGACCCUCCAUCAUCAGCUCAGGUCUCCUUGAAGAAUCUGAAGUGAACCAGUCCGGUUCUGCAGACGUCUUUCAGUCCGGUCACUCUCGUAACUCGAGCUACGCCAGCCAGCACAGCAAGAUCUCAGGCUACAGCACUGAGCACUCCUGCUCCUCCAGCCUGUCAGACCUCACACACCGCAGAAACACCUCCACGGGGAGCAGCACCUCGGGGGGGCUGGGCUUCACCACUGACACGCCCACAGAGGGGGAAAGGGACGCCGGACGUCCGGAGAGACCUCCAAGACCCCCGCGGCCUGUCCACCCCCCAAACAGGCCCCCCAGGAGGAAGCAGGACUCGGUGGAGAGUCACCCCUCCUGGGUGAACGACACGCGCAUAGACGCCGACGACAUCGUGGAGAAAAUCGUGCAAAGCCAAAACUUUGCAGAUAUUCACAACACUGAAGACAGCAACCUGCGUCUGUUCGUCAGCAGAGAUGGAACCACUGCGCUCAGCGGCAUCAGGCUCGGAAACAGGGUGUCUGCAGGCGGCUAUGAGCCUGUGGUGAUAGAGAGCCACUAAACGGAGAGCAGGAGGAUCGCCUCGUCUGCUGUCUCCGGGGUUUUCUUGGAGCUUCAGCCGGUCUGACGCCGUGAGAAGAGAACCUCGUCAGUUUGCACUUUAUGUGAAGUUUGUGUCCGUCUGCUCGUCUGCACUCCGCUCAGAUGUUUUCAGAGUGAACGAGCCACAUGCAAAGAAACGUUUCUGUAACACUGCCUCGUGUUAUUUUUAGUUUAAGGUGCUCUAAAUUUAAUUUCCCCUGAUUUAAACAUUACAGAGAAGAUACAGACAGUAGAAUCAUCCGUGUGUUGUAACCAUCGACUGUUUAUCAACAUGGACGACACAUCUCUGCCUCCUUCCGUUUUAACAAAGGUGAAGCCAAAACACCACGGCAACGGGCGCUGACAUAUUGCACUGCCGACGUCGUUUGAAACCAGGAGAUCUGACUGGUGGAGUUAACGUCCCGCCCCUUCCUCCUCUAACCCACAUUUAAGUUGCCAAUAAAAGGUCAAGGAAAGGCAAAGGUUUGCAGCAGACGCUCACGGUUAUGGAACGUUCAAUGACACAGGAGCCUCAUUGGCCAACAGAGCUGUCAAUCAGGCCAGGUUUUUUUUUGCGUCAAAUAAGAAAAUUCAAACAAAACUGAACACUGAUAAAUCUGCAUGAUAAGAACUUUGAGGACAGAUCUCUGGUGUGUCUCAUCUGUUAACAUGGAGGAGGCGGCUUUAUGACCGAUACUGCAGCCUGCCAGCAGGGGGAGCUCUAAAUCUUUUUGGCUUCACUUGGAGGUGGCUGUUGCUCCGUCCAUCCUAAUAUACAGUCGAUGGUUAUCACUGAUGCUCUGUGCUUACUCUGCUGAUGGUCAGGCGACCGCGCCCGUUCAAAGUGUCACAUUUUAAAACGUUUACUUCUGAAACAUCGUCUUGUCCUUUAUGAAAGUGAAUCAGACACAAACUGAAACGGUAAACUAGAUCUCUCUCCAGCGCUGAGAGAGGUGGCGAGUUUGAGCCCCGCAGAGCAGCUGUGAAGACGCUGAAACUCUGAAUCACUUUAGUUUUUGUUUUGAAGCCGUUCCCUGUUGAUCGGGGGAAAACGCAGCUGAACCACUUUGUGCCUCUCGAGUUUCUCUCCAAUGAGCCUGAAGCACCGACAGCGUGCUGGUGACGGGGAGGAGGGAGACAUCUUUAACUUGUUUUUUUUUUUUGUGUGUCUUAUUGUGUUUGCUCUGAGUGUGCAGGUGUAGCCUCACUGGAGAUCCCACUGCAUCAUACGCUGCACUGCUCCGUCUGCAUGAAGGAUUCAAAUCCCUGAGAGAUCGUUUGUCUCCUUUCGCAGCCAUCUGAAGUUCUAAACAAAGCGUGACGUAAACAGCCGCUUUGUGGUACAGGCUGCUCUGGUUUCACGUUUAGUCGAGAUGAAGGAAGUGUUGAAGGAUUCCUGCAGCAGCUUGAACUCUUAAAGUCUUUGUCGCCCCCUGGUGGAGCAACGGCCUGCUGUCAGGUUUUAUUUAGCUUGAGUCUUUCCUCUUGUGGUGUUUACUUUCUGUCAGUUUACAGCUGACGAUCAAACACCACAGAGGCAGAAAGAUGUCUGAAGCUCUGACAGAAACAGGAGAAGAGUUAGGAUGUUGUAAACCAGCCGGCUGGUUUACACUUUAUUCAGUUUGUUUGAGAAGAAAGUUUGAGCUCUGGAUGGAAGGAUCAUUUUCAUGUGAGGAGUCUUGAAAUCAUAUUUUUCUGUUUGUAAAAAAAAGAAGAAGAAGAGGGAAAACACUGACAGAAUGCAGGGAAUUAAUUCUCAUAAAUCUUUAGAUUUCACUUGAUAACUCGGAUGUUUUGAUCUGAGAUUGUCGAGGAGAAAGUCGAAGCUGCGCUGCAGAUGAUGUUUAAAUUCCUGGUCCAUCUAAUCUGGACAUAAUUCACUUCACAGAGGAGGAUUAAAUAUCAGAAAGUAAAAAAAAUAGACUCCACAGGGACGCCUGUGUUUUACAAAGGAUUGAAACAGACGUAUCUACGGUGCCCCUGAAGGGACAUGCACAGGAAUGUAUUGAGCUUCAGACGGCUAAAGUGAGAGAAACAUAAAAAGCCAUCAGUUUACAAAUCUGUGUGUAAGGAGUUUCAAUCUGUGGUCACAGUUUCCCCUGAGAGUUAAUCAUGCUCAUCUGAGAUCGUCUUGUGCUCACCUGAGAGUCUUUGAGGUAUCUUCAGCAAACAGAGGAGACAAAAGAGCAUGAAGCUUACCGUAUCCCAGCCUUUCAGAGAACGUUUGGUGCACAUUCAAUCAUUUCUAGUGAUGGAGAGAGACGUUCUCGUGAGCACCACAAACUCUCUGGUACACAUGCGAUACCUUCUCGAGCUCACGGGUCAGUACCGGCAGCUCAUGAGCUUAUUUUAUUUAUUUUGUCCUCUUUGGGGCUCCGUACAUAUCAAACUGAAAAAUACUCAAACUUCAAACCUGGAAAAAGCAAAUCUGUGGCGUUUUGCAAAACAAGUAAAAACAUUUCCAUCAACAAUUCUUUGUUGCAUCAGAAACAAUUAAAGAAAUCCUUUUGGCCGUUUUUCCCCCAUUUACAAACAGAAAUCUGCUUUUAAGACUCUCAGUUCGUAGUAUUUUUUAAGUUUCUCAUCUCGUUCACACUACGCUGGCUCGCUCCGGCUCCUUAUAUAUCAGUUGCACACUUUGUCUUUACACUACCUGUUUGUAUUUGAGGUUAUUAAUCACACGCGUUCUCACGUUUGGGGAUGAACCACUGAUGUUUACGUCACCGCAGCUUUUAGUUUUCUUUGAAAGCAUUUAUUUAAAUAUUUGUGUUCCUUUCUCUUCUUGUCUGGAGGUUUGUAAUAAGCUACGCACACGACUCACCUCCCCCCCGAGCUUCUUUAUCUUUUAGUAACUCUAAUAAAUAAAUCUAUUGUAACAGAGCUAGUAUAACCUAAAUUUAUAGAGAAACACUUAUAGUUACUAUGAUUUUUAUUCCGUACUUUUGUGGGUUUUCUGCAGAAAUGAAAAUAAAAAGCUGAUCUGAGAUGU